AUAACAAUACCAUUUCUUAUAAAAUUGAUGAGUCUCUAGCUAUAAUAACUUUUAUUGAAUUUGAGUAUCAGAAAUGUCUUUCUAUAAGAUAUUUUAUUGAAAAGCUUUAUAGUUUUAUAGCCAGUACAGGCACUUCUCUCCAAAUUAUAAAAAUAGAUGAAAACCAAGAAGUUAUAGGAAAUCUUAUUAAGAAUGCAGAUUUUAACGCAUUUGCUACUUCUUGGAAACUUAGUCUUAAAGAAGCUGAAAUCCUUAAAUUCAAUCAAAAGCAUUCUAUUGCAAAUAUUAUAGCACUUAAACAUUUUUAUAUUUUACCUGAAGCUCAGAAGCAUUUCUUAUGGUUGUCUUAUUUUCGAAG